GGCUUUAGUAGUGACGCGCACCUUGAAUGCGUGGUUGUCGAGUCUGGGGACGCCGUGAUCCGCGGUUAACGAUAUUGUUGAAAAAGUUUAGUGCCGAAGUGUGUUCUUUUUUCAAGUGCUGCGCAGAGGUUUUGUUCGUUACGCGUAUACGAGCGUGCGAAAAGUGUGUUGAUUCAGUUGCCUACUUAUAGUUAUCGUUAGUUUCUUUCUACUCCCCCUUCUGCAAUUAGUGAAUUACAACCAUGAGGCGGCGGUGAUACACAAGGAGAAAUCUCGGAGAGCCUGUUACCUGAAACUACGGGGGAAAAAAAGAAAACAACAACAUCAACAACAACGCAAACGAAGAAGAAAAAAACGAAAAACACAAGACAAGAAUGGCAGCGGAGGCGGCUAACAAGAAGGCGGAGAGAGAAGCCCUCCGUGGGGUAAUCCAACAAUGGAAUGCUAAUCGGCUCGAUUUGUUCGAAUUGUCCGAACCGAACGAGGAAUUGGAGUUCCACGGGGUGAUGCGGUUCUAUUUCCAAGACAGUGGGCAAAAGGUGGCGACGAAAUGCAUAAGGGUGGCUUCGGACGCUACGAGCCAAGCCGUGAUCGAAACUCUUAUUGAAAAGUUUCGCCCCGACAUGCGAAUGCUGUCAGUGCCCGAAUAUGCUCUGUACGAGAUCCACGAGAACGGAGAGGAACGAAAAUUGGGCCUCGAGGAAAAACCGUUGCUGGUCCAGCUCAAUUGGCACAUCGAUGAUCGCGAAGGUCGAUUCCUGCUACGGAGGAUCGACGACAAGACGAACGCCCAGGGUGUUGGAUUUUCCGAAGGCACCAGCUUCCGGCGGAAACUCAGCAGGAGGGAAAAGAAGCAAAUGAAAAAGCAGGAGAAACUUAGCCGGCUAAAGAGCGCCGGCGAACAAGACGAGAGUGUUAUUGCUGUAGACCAAAAUGGCGUUGCUGAAAAAUUGUAUACUGAACUUCCCGAGACAAGUUUUACAAGAAGUAUAUCAAACCCGGAAGCGGUAAUGCGGCGCCGACGUCAACAAAAAUUGGAAAGAAAGCUCCAGCAAUUCAGAAGCAAAGAUGGUGGUCCAGACACAGGCGGUACCUUGAAGAUCUAUGGCGAAGCAUUGUGCAAAGACGUACCGUACAAGACGCUUUUGCUCAGCGUCAGAGAUUCGGCCGCUCACGUUGUCAGGGAAAUGUUGGCAAAGUACGGACUCGACCGGGCUGAUCCUCAGCAAUAUUGUUUGAUCCAGGUGAACGGAGAGAACACGAACACGAAUCCGAACCAGGAAUACAUACUCGACGAGGACGAGUGUCCCUUGGCUAUACUAAUGAAUCAUCCGACGACACGGGGAUCCAUUAUGUUCCACGUGAGGCGUAGACCAGCGGAUUACGUGCCGAGGAAGCGUAAGAAGAAACCAGCGGGUAAAUGGAGCGACCUGGACCAUCGGUACGAGGACGAGCGUCUUCCCUUCCUUCUGGAAUUGAAUCCGGACGGAACGGAAAUACCGAGCGGCGGCGGUGUGCGACACCGUCUUCAGCCAAACGUAACGGAAGUUGGAUCCGAGCGACCGGUCGGACCUCAGGCUGUACAAGCUCAGACCUUGACCCUUGCUGGACCGACGGUGAUGCCAAGGCAUUGCGUGAUCGCUUUCACGGAGAACAUUGUCACGCUCACCCCGUGUUCCAGGGACGCUCACACAUACGUCAAUAACCAGAGGAUAUAUCAGACCACCAUACUCCAGAAUGGCGCAAUAAUCAAAUUUGGCAGGAUGCACACCUUCAGGUUCAUUGAUCCGGUUCCUGAAGAUCGGAUACGACAGAGACACGACUCGAACAGACAACUGGAUUACUCCUACGACAGACGUUCGCCAGACACCACAAGUCAGGAAGUCAAUUCCGAAAAAUAUAGAUCGGGAUCAGGGACCCCAAACGGUGGGGGUGGCUCGAAUCCACCUAGCCCGACUAAAUCUGCAGCUGCAACCGCAAGAAGUCCCACGCAAAAUGCACACACGCCAGAAGCCACGCACAAUUACGAAACCACCUUUGAUCUCGACGGUAAUGUCGAGACGGCGAGUCUCACUAGCAGUCGGGAUGGAAACAGGCUAUCACAAUACGAUCGACAUCCUAGAGGUACAGAUCCAAUUUUGCCGGCUGUAUUGGAAUUCCUUGAAGAAACUGAGGAAGCGUUUCUUCACGCAGUUAUUACCGACGUCGAACCAUCCGCUCCACAGUUUAAAUUGGCCCCAACUUACACUUUGUACCUAGCUGCUAGAUACCGGGCUAGCACUCAUUACAGACCAGAGUUACAACCCACGGAAAGAGCUCACAGACUAACAGUCAUGCUCGCAAAUGUGGCUACUAUGAUUCAACGGGUGAUCAAGGAACGAUACAUGGACGCCUCAUCCCUAGCUCUGUGGCUUGCCAAUGGUUCUGAGCUCUUGCAUAUGCUCAAGAGCGACAGACACGUUGGGGCCUUUUCAACCCGAGCUCAAGACAUAUUGGCGGAUGCUGUACACAGGGCUUUUGCAUCUCUCGUGCAAUGCGUAUCGCUGGAACUUGCCCCAGCAAUGUCACAAUUUAUGGCAGAUGCCGAUGAGCCAGCGAAGGAAGCAGGAGUCAUGCAAAUAUUUUCGAAUACGAUGGCACUGCUCAGACGUUGUCGGGUCAAUGCUGCACUGACCAUUCAACUCUUCAGCCAUUUAUUUCACGCUAUAAAUGCAACUGCGUUCAACGCUCUUGUUUCGAAUGGAAACUUGUGCGUUAGAUGGUUCGGACGUCGAUUGAAAGCAAGAUUGAACGCUCUGGAGACCUGGGCUGAUAGGCAAGGUCUGGAUUUAGCUAGUCAAUGUCACCUGGCCACCAUCAUGCAAGCUACACACCUCCUUCAGGCGCCCAAAUACAAUGCGGACGAUCUGGCGAUUUUAAGUUCAAAUUGCUUCAAACUUAACUCAUUACAAGUUAGAGCCUUGCUUCAAAAGUAUCAAUCCGCAGCCGACGAGCCAAGAUUACCGGCGGAAUUAAUUGAAAAUGUUGUACGAGUGGCUGAAAGUGUGGCAGAUGAACUAGCUCGUGCUGAUGGACGGGAAAUCCGUUUGGAAGAAGAACCGACAUUAGCUUUAGCUCUGCUACUACCAGAGGAUGGAUACAGCUGCGAAGUGAUUAGAGGAGUACCACCAGGGUUGGCGGAAUUCCUUGCACCAUUGCAGAGAGAUGGCUUGUGCAGAAUGGCUCCACAGCCUACAAGUAGCGGAUAUUGGACUAUCUACAUGAUCGACCACCAUAACAAUCCUCGGAGCCCGAGCGCCAUGAGUAACAGGUCUGGCGGUUACUCGGGUCAUUCUGGGCAAGCAUCGAGUCAAAACCAGCCUGAAAUUCAAGUAAUAAAAUUGCACAAGUCCACCAAUGGCAUGGGACUCAGCAUAGUUGCUGCUAAGGGAUCUGGCCAGGAAAGGUUGGGCAUUUACAUCAAGAGUGUGGUAGCAGGAGGAGCUGCUGAUGCUGAUGGUAGAUUAACUGCAGGAGAUCAAUUAUUGAAAGUAGAUGGACAGAGUUUGGUCGGUAUUACUCAAGAAAAGGCUGCUGAAUACCUUGUUCGUACGGGUCCAAUAGUCACUUUGGAGGUGGCUAAACAAGGUGCAAUAUAUCACGGAUUGGCUACUUUGUUAUCGCAACAGUCCCCUGUCACGACCAGAGCGCAUAAGACCAGACCAAAGUCGGAGCACUUAGAGCCCCCAAGAAUACCAGACAAGGCUCCCCAACCCUCCACGUCGCACUCGAUGGGCAAUCUUUUAUCUGUACCAAAGCAAUCGGCAUACCAAGAACACUUGGUCGAUUGGGAGGCGGACUAUAUUCAACCAGGGCCCCGCCGCAUGAGCGAGCGUGAUCUACCGUCACGACUUGGACACGAUGCUACCCCCCAACAAAUUCAUAGCAGCAAGUCUGUCCCAGCCCUGCAUAAUGUAGGAACAGAGGGAAAACAGCAACAUGAAAUUUUCAAUCCGGGAUAUAGUCGAGCAUCUUCUAGCAAUAGCGUUACCCCUCCAGCACAACCUCCUCCGAUGCCAGCAAUGAACGGAGCAACCACAUUGCGUUCUCGAUCAAGUCAUAGUUUACAUGACCCAAUGCGCGCAGGAACGUUGCCACCUACAGGUUUAGUCAGCCGGCAACAAUCAUCUCCUAAUCUGAAUCCAAGCCAAGCACAUACUAUUCCUCCAAAUAGUAAUUCACAAAAUAACGAAGCAGAAAGAUUUUAUCAAAAUUUGAGCGUGUACAGAAAUCAAGAUCCAGGAAUGAAACAACAGCCUAGUCCGCCACAGCCGUUGGACGAUCGAAGCCCUUUGCAUACGCAAAAAAGUUUAAGAGGUUCUCAGAACUCUCUAAACCGACCAGCAACCGAUGCAAGCCAAGGCAGAGAUCGACCAAUAUCUGCAUACAUUCCGCAAGGUCAGCAACAGAAUUACCCUGGCAAUCAACUGCAGCAACAAGGCGCUCCUCCAAGAUCCCAAUCGUCUCGUGACAUAAUCCGUCAAGAAGCCAAACUUCAAGAGAUGCAAGAAGAAGUUAGGAGACGUGAAUUGCGAGGGGCUGGACCUAUCCCUACACAAUACCGCCAAAAUGUUUACAAUGUUCGACCAUUGACUGGGGUUCAAGCACCAAACUCUACUAGACCAUCACGACCGAUCGGUUCUACUCCUAAUUUGGGCCCGACUUCUCCGACAUACAAUACGAGGCAAAGUGCACAGCAUUUUAAUUACCCAGAUGGACAGUAUGGGCAGUACGGUCAAUUCAGUAAACCCCAACAGCCUUACGGACAAUACGGCACGGCACCUAAAGUAAAGAACGAUUCAGUUCGUGGCGGUAAUGGCCUGGUAAUGGACCCCAGGCAGUUGGGACUGCAGGAUCCAAAUCGCCAAUUUCCUAGUGCUCAAAAUAGCCCACAGUAUUCCAACGGAUCAACGGAUCCUAGAAAUGGUCAAUAUCAAGGAGAACAGAUCACAAAUAGAAUGCAAAACGGAGAUGGAAAUAUUCAAGGGAAUGUUGAAAACAUUCUGAUGAGAUCUCACUUACCUGAAGAUGCUUACAGAGAAAGCCCCCCUCCACCACCGCCAAAUACUUCGACACAUCCCUUGUACAGUAAACAGCCUGACUCUAGGUACACCGCAAGUAUGGGUGAACCUCCCAGAGGCAGUUUUUAUCCCGCAACUGGACCGACGCAACAGCCUCGACAAUAUCAAUAUAGUGCGACUAAUCCUUGGCAACGUGAAGAAAGAGAAAAAGAACAAGCUAGAAGAAGAGAAGCAGCAAGGCAGUGGCGAGAUCAUCAAAUAGCGGAACUAAGUGCAUUGCCAAACAGGACGCCGCAGCAAGAAGAGCAGCUUAGAGCUCUUCAGCUGGAACGAGAUUUUCAAAGGAGAGCAGAAGAGGCUGCAAAUCAGCAAGAUGAUGAUGAGGAAAGUAACGAUCUUGAGCAAGAAAGUGCCCAGCGUGUCCAAGGUCUUCUACGAAUGGCUGCUGCCCAGGACAGAUCGAAUCAAGCCAAUCAGCAAUCAAAUUUGACGAGAGGAAAUCCAAACAAUCAAUCGAUACGGGGAACUCUAUCACCUCAGCCAGUUAGCAGCCAAUUGCAAUCCACAAACAUCCCGACACACACGGCUAUAAGUCAACAAGGACCACCUGGAGGCGGUAGCACAUAUCCUGGACAGAAUGAUGGAUCAGGCACAUCCCACUUACAGCAAAACCAAAGUCAACAGAGUACGAUGAGUCAAGGACCUAUGUCGCCUAUGUAUGGUUCAACUAUGGGCCAGCUUGGAAGUGUUCAGAAGUCGGGCCCCUUAAGCCCUACACAAUCGAACGAAGAUAGAGACCGAGAACGUAGGAUGGAAGAAUUGAAAAGAAAGCAAGCUGAGUUCGAUGAAAAUCAUCGAAAACGCGAGGAAGAUAUCCGACACCAACAACAGCAACUACAAAUGCAUCAGCAAAUGCAACUGCAACAGCAAAUAUAUCAGCAGCAACAACAGCAGCAGCAGCAACAGCAGCAACAACAGCAGCAGCAGCAGCAGCAGCAACAACAUCAGUCUAAUUUGAGAAGUCAGCAUCAACUUCAUCCUGGAAUGUUGCGUUUGGAUAAUCUGGUCAUUAAUGGACCAAGUUCUCCCCCGUCCUCGCAAAACGGGAGUAACGACGCCCCACCCCCACCUGAACGUGGCUCCAGCUACGCAGUGAUGUCUCAACAGAGCGCCCUCAGGUCAAACACUUCAACGACGUCAAGUAUUGCUGUGAGUAAUUCACAUCAAACAGCUGCAGUGAAAAGAGUUUCUUUCCACGAUCCUAAUGCUAACACAGAUCCGACACCACGGAUUACAAACUCUACUACCAACUCGUCAUCUAUUACGAUGAACACCAUUAGAGAGGAUCCUAAUAACUUUAUAAAUGAUGCAGAGAAUAUGUUAGCGUCUCCAAAAACUCCAGAAGGGCCUGGUAUUUUUCCUGGAGGGACUCCAGGUGUUAUAGGAGCUCAAGAAGUUUACAAGGAUCCGAGACAGAGACGCUUAGCGGAAAAGCAAAAACAGCAACAAAAUUCUCAACUAGGUGCAGUGCCCGAACAGUUGAGUUUCAAAGAAAAAAUGAAAAUGUUUGCAAUGGAAACAGGUGAGGAUGGUACGCCGCGUGACAAAGUGAAAAUUUCUCGAGCACAACGUGAAAUAGAUAACAUUGGCAGCGCUCUCAGUCCUGGUAAUAAUAAUAGAAGUUAGAUCUAAAUUUUCGACUAUCAUGGCAACUUACACUGAAGUAAUAAGAAGGUCUGCAAUAUUUAAACAAUAUACUUUGAAAGGCUAACUGCAGAAUAUUGACAAUGGAUUUCUACAACAAACAGCAAACAUAUAUGCAUGAAGUUAGUAAAAUUUGAAACACAAAAAGUAUUACAGAUCUUUUAUAAUAAACAUUUGAAGUGUAGUAAGCAUAGUAAUUUUAAAUAUGUUUUAUAACUAUACAUUCGCAUUACUUAUGAAACAUUCAUUUCGGACAGGAAGUGUAAAGAAUUAUUUUGUCGAUUUUACAACUAUCUAUGUUUAUACGUUAUGUUUUAAUUUCGUUUACAACACUAAUGAUUUUUUAUUACGACAUGAGAUCUAUAGAAAAAAACUGCCGAUAUUCGAUUUCGUUCCGUUUUAAUGUAAGUACCAUGCACAGACAAACUAUACACUUGACCAAGUAAGCCUAUUCGCAUACACAUAUUAUCACUUCAAAUUUUUGUUGCGUAAUUCCCAAGUGAAAACGUAAGGUUUGUUCAAGUAAUCUACAUGCAAGUAUUAGUCUUGGAUUCUAGUUCUGACAAAAAUUACAAAAUGCCAUACUCUUGGAAAAAUCUUCGGUAUUUUAUUUUAUCACGGUUUUCUUUUUUCAACGUUAUCGGCAGUUAUUUCGUAAUGUAAAUACGUUGUAGUGUGCGCGGGACAAAACUAAGAGUAGCUUUUGUUAUUGUUGAAUGUUUAUGUUGAUGAAGAAGAAAAAAAUAUAUAUAAAUAUUUUUUAUUUAGAAAAUAAACUAAUUGUAUAGGUAAUAUCGUCCCACGACAGCAACCACAUCAGCGUGGCAGCUUCUGAGCUGUUGUAUAAAAGGUACCUAUCAGCAUGUACACAUUUUUUCCGAGAUUAGAAUAAGCGACGGAGAUUGCCGUUUGUAUGAUAUAUUUCUAACGCAUUUAAUCGUAUACUUUUGGUAUCUUGUCCACGGAAUGAUCAUCUACAUUAUUUCUGUUACUAAAUCAUGAUUAUAUCGUAGCUUACUCAACAGAGGCGGUGUGUAAAAGACUAACAAUUCUACUUUGUUGUUAGAUAUGCUUAUUUCACAGUAUUGUAAUGUUAGGUAAAGAACCCGAAAAAACCAGUGUCGGCGAGUAACGAGAUGCGUGUAAAGAUUUUAAAGAAGAUAUUCGAAAUGUAUCGUACAAACUGGGAUGGAACAAUAAUCAAAUUACAUAAGAAUAUAGCACGUAGAAAUAUAAUGCUAAGCCUCUUUAUUAUACAUAAUCAUGUUGAAAUACACAAAUUAUACAAUAUUACGAAACUUAUGAGUAUAAAAAAUUAAGUUUCGUGGAGGGAUCAGUAAGGGAUGUGCUUACUCCAAGCACAGUGCCCGACAUUAAGAACAAAGUAUAGCAAUAUUAGUAUUUAAAUAAUAAAAAUAAUGAUUAAUAAUCCUAUUUACCCACAACACUUGUGUUUAGUGGUUGAAUGAUCAAACACUCACUUCACAAAAACUCCAGAAAGUGACCGCCACAUACUUCCUUUUGCGUUAUAAUUAGCAAAUAUAAUCGACGUACAUUCCUUGUAAAAAAAAAAAAAAAUAAAUAAACAGCAAUUAUGUUUUGAGAAUUUUGGUAACUCAAAAUCUACGUAUGACGUGAUUUGGAACUACUGCUUUUUGACGUUUUUAAAACAAGCAUACUUAGUGGUGACGCACCGCGUCCGUUAGCAUUGUAUUAAAAAUGCUUAUUUCAAUAAUGAUUUGAAUAAAUUCAUAAAACUGUUGUAUGAUAUGUUAAUAAUACCCUUAUUAUAAUAGCUAUUUCAUUUUUUUCAACUCGUUAACAAGUCUAAAAUAUUGUUGCAUAACCUAUUGCAUCAUUGCAAAUGGUUUUAUAAAUAUUUGAAAAUCUUAGUACGUAGAUGUAUACAGUCUGAAGUAUUUAUAUGUGAUAUAUACGAUAGCCCUUCCUUUAUAAAAAUGGAAGUAAUCAAACCUGAACAAAUGUUCGUAUCUAAAUUUCCAAGUCAAACUCCAAUGGCAUCGGUAUUGAGAGCAGUAUUUCAGGCCUAUCAAAUAGUUUUGUAGGAUAUAUACUAACGAAGUAGGCACUCGCAAAUCAGUUUAGGCGUCUCUACAUGUUAGUGGCACGAUUAAAUUAGAAUAAUGAUGCUAUCGAUAUUUUUCUCCUAUUUAUUAUUCUUUUUUUCUUCUCUUAUUUUAAUUCAUAUCGAAUAGUGAUAUAAAGAGCAGCUUUGUUAUUAAAUGUUAUAAGACGAAAAAAUUCAGCCUGAGACUUGAUUCAAGUAGCUGACUGAAUUUAGUUUGCUGUAAGCCUUAUAGAUUAUAAUACCAUAGAAACUUAGAAAGCCAUACGGUAGUAAGAGAGAAAAAAGAAAAAGAAAAAAAAACGACAUUUCCUUUCAUGUUUCCUGAUAAUCAUAAAUCUAUAUUAUACAAGUAACAUUAUACGCUAUGUCCAAGCUGUCGUGUAAUAAUUAGAAAGAUCAUGAUUUCUAAAUAACGUUCAAAUGUAUUAUGAGAAAUGAAAAUUUAGAAGUGCUCGACAGAUAAUUAUAGUGAAGAGAAGGAUAAAACGAACAAAAAUGAAAAAAAAAAAAAAUUGAUUGAGAAAACAGUUAACAAUUUCCCAUUGUUGUGUAUAGCAAGCAUAUAUUUGCACUAUAUUUU